AUGUAUGAAACAACCUUGCAUCCAAUACUAUACACAUUUUGCACUCGAGGAAAGCAAUUUUAUGCAGUAAUUUGAGUUUGGAAUUUAUCAUUCUGAUCUGAGUGCCAUAGCCAAGAAUAUUUUACUUUAAUACGAAUUUGAAAUUUUCUGCUUAUCCUUGUUUUCUUGUAUUAUUGACAUGAAAUACUUGACUUUGAAGGUUUCCAUACUGGUUGUAACUUUGGUAUGUAAUGGAGGAAAAGGUUUUCCAAAUCCAAAAACCGUGACAGAUUCGACAGAAGCAGAAGUUAUAGAAUCGGAUUCCAACGAGAUUACAUCGAUCGGUGUUGGUGAAUAUUAUGAAUCUGUGGAGAGCGAGAAGAACAAUGACGAGGACAGCCUUGAAGCAUUGGAAUCUUGGGAAGGUUCAAACCCUGAGGAUGCUCAGACUGGCCCUCAAAUAACGAGUCUUAAUAAGAUUGAUGACGUAUUAGAUCCACUAACUUCUCCAUCCACAAUAUCCACAUCGACGGAAAAUGUCAAGAUCGAUGAGAGUCAAUUGUAUGAGGAGGAAAUCUCAUCUGAAAAUGGGCUUAGUGAAAGCCAAGAAACUGAUCUUGAGUAUGAACAUGAAAGCCAUAUAAUGAAUCUUACUGAAGGCAGUACUAAUAUAUCGAAUGACAUCCAUCCCGAGGAUAAUCCCACAAAUGAAGAGCUCCUGACUAUUACUUCUCAGAAUUCAAUACCCACCAUAGCAAAUGAGGAGGAAGUCGAAAACCAAUCUAGAGAACACUUGACUUUGAUAUCAUCAAACGGCAGUAGUUUAUUUGAUGACUUAGAAGAUUCGACAAUCACUGUCAUGCCAUUAUUAUAUGAAACUACAAGCUUAUCGAGCUUCCAUGUUGAUGAGCCAGACCCUGUAAUUCCAACUAACUCAACGCUACUCAAUACUAGUCUAUUUGUUCUUCAUAGCUCAACCCCAGAUACUGAAAUAAUAACGACCACGACCACAUUUAAUGACUCUGAUUAUUCUAUGACAACGGAAGUGACGGUAGAAGAAUUACCACCCGUAGGUGAGGAUUUGAUUGACUCAGAUGAGUUAUCUGAAUCUUCAGAGGAAUCCCAGCUUAUGGAAUCAUCUGACGAAGCCUUUCCAGACUCAGACUAUGCACCUGAAGUCAUUUCCAAGGAUGAUAAGCAUGCAAACUCUGACACGACGUUAUCUACACACUCUGCUGAAGAAACCAUGACAGCCUCGACUCCUGUUUCCCAAGUGACUGAGCAGAAUAAACUAGAAGGAUCUGACGAGUACAUAAAGCAAGCGCCCCCCGACACCUUCUCAAUGACUACGAUUUCACUAUUAUUGUUAACUGAAGCCUCGUCGACAAUUAGAACUCCGAGCUAUCAGCCCUCAGAACCCCCCAAAGACCAAUCCUCGACCCAACCCAACUUCCUCAACAAUUUCACAACAAUAUCACCUCCCCCCAACACGGGAGGAGUGCAAAGAUCAGACUCUUCCAGUAUUUAUUUGUUCUUUUCUCUGGUAUUCUUGUUGAGUGUUAAAUACGUUGAAUAAAUAAUAAAAAUGCUCUUUAUAAAUUCAA